UUAUUUUCAGUUUCAGUCCGUUGCCGUCCCCGUUGCCCGACUCCCGAUUUUCAGACUUCGGCCCGACUCGCCCCCGCCCCCGCCGCUGCGCCGACGUCCACGUAUGACUCAAUUGACGCACGUCCCUCCUGCUCCAGGCCCCGACCCCGCGUCCCCGGACCGACUGGACGUCAAAUUCUGCGCCCAGUCGCCCGUAGCCCGCUCCUACUACUUCCGCGGACGCGCUCGCACGACGGCGGAUUUCGCGCGUUUUCAGUGAGUUCCCGGCCCACUUUCAGCACAUCUCUUGCUCAAGACGUUCCUACGGGAUAUUUCACUCGUAGGUUGAACCGACACCCUCCCCAUGGAAGUCCCGUUUCACAUGGACGUAGUUUCAUAAGUGGUCAAAUUUCUCAAUUCAGUAAUUCUUUGCCUUGUCUGUAAGCCGCAUUAUCAUUCACUCCCAUACCUAAAAGGAUGAAUCUCGUAAAACAAAGUUUAACUCCAAGUGAAUCUGGUCUGUGAAAUUUUCUUGCCGUGACUCGUAAACAUUUCGGGAAGAUAAAUACUUAGUCGCUUUCACUCUCGAUCUCGAUUUUUUGUAUCGCCCUUUCAAAAAACCAAACACGUUUUGGUUAAUUGCGGUUCCUCAUACCUAAGCUUUUUCUCAUCGAUCAUUCCGGACGAUUCUCUAACGAUACUUAAGUUUACAAGAAGGUCCUCAUUAUUUGUGAUAUUUGUUUUCUACAUAAUCAUAUCUUGAAAAGAAAAGGUAGACGUAGCGUGGUGAAGCACAUCGAGACUACCGCGGCGUGAAUUUUUUCCCAAUGUGUGUUACGGAAAUUCAGUUCUCCUCGCACAUCGCGCACCAGUUGUGAAUUUUCCGGUAUUUUCAACACAGAAUUUUAGGCGAAAUAUUCUUAUUUUCGCAGAACAAACGUACAAUUUUCAGAGUAUCGGUGAUACAUAAUCUCCGUCGAAUUUUGUGUUUGAAAUUUGUGCCCCAACCAGCUUUACCUAAUUCGAUCAAUUCCAUGUGCACGAGUUUGAACCAUUUCAAAUUUUUGCCGAAUCAAUCGGAACUUUCUAUCCUAACCAAUGCAGUUGUGUUUCAUUAUGUGUUUUUGAUGAGAAGCUCUUGAAGUUGGCACGCGAGGAUUGAUGAGACUCAGAGACGAUGGGCUCGAAACUUCUUUUUUCUUGUGUCUGUCUCGUCGCAAUCAACAGUGUGCUCAGCGCGGCUGCUCGCGCUCACCCGUACAGUGCAGAGGAAUACUGCAAAGAUCUGGAGCCCCAGAAAAGCAUGGACUUAGAUCAGAUGAUGGGGUUGUGGUAUGCAGUGGAGGUGGUAGAACAUCGACCGAAUGUGCCCCGGAGCGGUCAAGGGACGACUGUCAUUGACUCAUGUCCCGUGCUCCAUUUAGCCCAAACCAGCAAACACACCGUGCGUCUCUUGUGGAGCGAGAAAGCCGGCCAAAUCGACUACAGGUUUUCCAUCCCCGAUUUUGAGACACCUGGAAGAUGGAUCUCCACUGGCUCCCAGAACGUUUCAGGGACUGGACAGGUUUUAAAAGUGGUGCACGAUCACAUGGUACUUUCAAUUUGUCUACCCCCUCCAAACAGUCAACAAUUCACCGUUUUGAUGUCCCGCAAUCAACAGCUCAAAGCCCGUGAUAUCCUCAGUGUCAACAAUCUCUUGGAGCGGAAGAGAUUGCCCUUGCUCGAUAUUAGGCAGGGUUGUUCAAGCGCCACCACUAUGUUCUUGAGCCAACUUUGGUUUGCCCCCUUUAUUGCGAUUGCACUGAAUUUCCAGUCCUGACUAAAACCGUGAGUCCGUCUACUUCCUGCGAUCGAAUUUUAGUAGAUUCAUUCGAACACGAUGAAAGUACGAGUACAUUCAUUUGAACAUUGAGAUGCGUUUGAGGUAAAGUUUCAUGCUGGCUUAUGCAGCAGGUGAAUAUAUAAGGGCGGCAUUAAUUUUCACGAAAUAGACUCCGUUUCAUAUAUUGAAAAACAACGGUAAGGUGAGAGUUUUGCGGAACGUCAUAAAGCUUUCAAAGUGGCCUUCUUUUUUAUUUUUCUUCGGUACUUUGUGAGGAAUUGUAACUGCCUUCAAAGUAGUCCAUAGGUAGAAAUCAUUUCCGUCUUGUUGUAUAUAAUUAAUGAUAAGUUCCAUUAUUAUUUAUUUACUUAUUUAUAUUUUUUUCUUCAACAACAUCAUUUUGAAGAGAUCAUCUGCUAGGGGAAUGUAUAGGAAAUUUGAUCGCAGAGAGGACAUUGGCAACAAUAUGAAAUAGACAAUUAUUGCAUUUUUGAACUGUCGAUGAUUUUUGAAUGACACAAAAAAAUGCAUCUGUGAAAAUUUCAUAGAAAUAAUUUCCAAUGAAAAAAGCCCCGUUUCCUACCAUGAGAUUAAAUGAAUAGUCAUCUAGGAGUUACAAAUAAGCAACAUUAGAGAUAAUCAAAGGUCAGUUUUUUAUUUUUUUUUAUUAAUUUAAAGAUUUUACAUAGGUAUAUCUCUCUAAGUUCCCAGUUUCACAAAUGAUGAUGAUACUAUGUAUUUAUGGUUCAUUCGGUGCAUUAAAUCCGUAUGCAAUCGCAUUAAAAGUUCGCAACCACGUAUCUCAGUUUUCUACGUUUCAGACUUCUUGUCACUUGACGUCUUGUCGGCAAUUUUUAAAAAUUGCCGUGAUUAUUUUUCUUUGUGCAAAAAAAAAAAAAAAAAUUCAUUGGAAACUUCAAGAAAUGAUGUAGAUUUUUUCUCCUUCGAAAAAAUGAAAUAGGAGUGGAGAUUUUCAAACCCCGCAAACGAUAUACGAAGUUGCGGACUUACACCGUCCAAUAUGCUCAUGUACUCUUCAAUAUUGUGUAAAUAUGCUGCAAUUUUUUUGUUACAUUUUUAUUAAUUUACAUUCUAGAACUAUGCAUUUUUUGUCGUGAGCGCUUUUGAUAACGUUUAAGGCAUAGACUUUUUGUAUGACAUUGGGUACUCGGCGUUAGCAUGACAAAAUGAUCAAGAGAAAAAGAGCAUCGAGUGCCAUAAAAAGCUCUCAGGAUCUGAGUAAACCCUUUUUUCGUUCCUAAAAGUAUAAUUAUAUUAAAUCACUUAAAAUGCAUUUAUAACUACUUACAUAUAUUAUGUCACUGGAUAGUAUUUUCUCGCUGCUCAAAAGUACGUGCAUUUUAUUAAAAUUACAAGGAAUUUAUUAGAGAAUCAUUCUUGUUACGAAAACACUUAAACCGUGUCUAGUGUUGAGAUGUGAUGUCAUCAGAGAAAGCUAAUCUGGUGUUUUUGAUUUAUGUAAUUACACACAAUAAGACUCUUGUAGUGCGAGCGUGGUCCACGCAUAAUGAAAGGAAAAACAAAAUGAACUGAAUUGUACAUAGUGUUUAUACAUUUUUAUUUUUAUAUUUAUUCAACUUGACUGCUCCAAGAUCAAAACAUUUCCCUUUGAAUGCAUUUUCAGAGUAUCCUCUUUUAUUAUUUUAUCACUGAAGUCAUAGUGUUCAACCGUUUUAAGUAUUUAUACAACAUUCCAUUUCAUUGUAAUUUUUUUAAAUAAAUUUUGAUACCUUCCCAA